AUGUAUCUCCCUUCUAUCAUUUAUCUGCUUCUCAACUCCAUUAUCUUUAUCAUCUCGGGCGCUCCAAUCAGCACCCAUAACAGCCUAUCACAAGAAGUGUCAACAACAGCAUCACCGUCAUCUACCUCUACCUCAUCCACCAGCGUAAUAAAAAUCACCAAACUCAACCCCUUCUACUGGAUCGCUACCUUCUCCUCCGAAGGCUUCCACUCAUCCAACUCAUCAUCCACUGAGUCCCUUCCAAUAAACCUGCAAAACAACGCCUUUUUCACCUCAUUCUAUGCUCUUUGCGAUGAAAUUCUCUCGUCUAGCCCUCUAAAAGUGGUAGUUUUCACCUCAUCUUCGGAAUAUUUCUUCUCCACCCACGUCGAUCUCGUGAAUCCCCUCUCCGGGCAUCUAUGGCCGGGUUCACCAAAGUACUGGGACUGCAUUAGCCGUCUCGCAAACUCCAAUGUGCUGACGGUGGCGGCUAUCAGGGGAAUUGCCUACAAUGCGGGCGCGGAGAUUGCGGCUGUGAUGGAUGUAAGGUUUGCAAGUAGGGAGAAAGGUGUGCUUGCACAAUUGGAGGUUGGGUUUGGAGGUAAUCCUGGCGGUGGAGGGAUCGAAAUGCUCUCUCGUCUAACGGGCCGGAGCCGCGCACUCGAGGUUGUACUAGGUUCUGAUCGCAUUGAUGCCGAUACGGCAGCUCUUUAUGGAUGGAUAAACCGUGCAAUCCCAGACUCAGAAUUCGACUUUUUCGUCGACAACUUUGCACGUCGUGUAGCAGGUUGGGAUCAUUUUGCCAUAGCCGCAGCUAAGAAGCUCAUAAAUGAGCGUACGGGAUUUCCCACCGCUGUUCAGCAGCAAGGGAGCUUCAACUCGUUCUUGGCAGAUGUGGCUCAAGGCGCGGUGCCUGCAAGAUUGAAGGCUAUGUCUGAUGCAGGGUUGCAGAGAGAUUUGGAUUUUGAGAUCAAUUUACAUCAGGAGGAAUUGAGGUUUGUGGGAGACGGGCCUUGGAACGUUUAG